AUGUUGUUUUCAGAAGAAGAUGCGGGAGAAUUGAAGAAAUGGAUUAUAAAGAGACUUGAGAAUACGUCAGAUGCAGAUGCAGAUGUUCUUGCCGAUUAUGUUCUUGCUUUAUUGCGACACGAUGGAGAUGUCAAUACAGUUCGACAACUUUGCAUGGCUGAAAUUCCCGAUUUCUUGAAAGAGGAUACAUCAAUUUUCGUACGAGAUGUCUUCGAUGCCCUCCAAUAUAAGACUUAUUUGAGUGUUGGACCUCCUCGUCGCGAUUCGCAACAAUUCGCGCCACCUACCGGACCAUCAGCUCCAGCUUUCAAUAACCCAAAUAUGGGACCUUCGAUGGGCCAUCAAAACGGUUCUCGAAAGCGCGCAUUUGACGGACGAGGCGAUGGAGAUCCUCAAAUGUACAUGGGAGGCGGUGAUCAGAAUUCGCGCGCAUUUAAACAGCCUCGAAGGGGUAGCGCGGCAGGACGUGGAUCUUUCGACAAUUUCAAUAGUGGCAGAGGAGGAUUUCAAGGCCGUCCACAACAUAUGCAAAUGCCUAAUAUGCCUAACAUUCCAGGUUCUCCAACAGGCUUACCUCCUCUCGAUCCAAACAAUCCAAUGGCAGCUCUUCUUGCCAUGCAGCAAGCUAUGGGUGCGAUGGGUAUGCCUCUUCCACAAGGUAUGCCAGGAUUUCCUCCUAACGGAGCUAAUCAAAAUAGAGGGCAUCAAGGACCAACGGGCCAGAGGAAACAAAGAUGUCGGGAUUACGACCAAAAGGGAUUUUGCGCGCGAGGAAAUACUUGUAUGUUCGAGCAUGGUCAAGAUUCGAUAUAUGUUCCUGGAGGUGCUGGCAAACCUACAGACGAGUACGAUCCAAGCAAUGCAUCACUUUUGACCGGAAAUCAGAACCAGAAUGACAACAGUCAACGACCGGUACCAUACAACGGCUUUGAAAACAACCGUGGUGGUAUGGGACGUGGCAGAGGGCAGUCUAUGGGCAGAGGUGGAUCGCAAAUGCAUUCUAACAGGGGUGCGAGACGAUCAGAGUUCUCAUCCGAUCGAGCAAACUAUAACAAGAACAAUACUACAAUCGUGGUAGAGCAAAUUCCAGAAGACAAGUUCUCAGAGGAAACCGUUCGAGAAUUUUUCACUCAAUUCGGUAACAUAAAGAAGGUAGACAUGAAACCAUAUAAACGUUUGGCUCUGAUCACAUUUGAUGACUGGAACGGGGCGAAUGCAGCAUACAGCUCACCUAAGGUUAUUUUUGACAAUAGAUUUGUAAAGGUCUAUUGGUUCACAAAUAAUGAAGCGCUUCCAAAACCCCCUGCUAAUGGAUCAUUUGAUGGCACAAUUCAUAAUGGUACAUCUGGCCCAGUUCCUGCAAGAGAGUCGGAUGAACCUCAAAUUGACCUCGAAGAGUUCGCAAAGAAGCAGCAAGAAGUACAGAAAGCUCACGAGGAAAAAAUGAAGAAGAAACAGGAAAUGGAAGCCACGCGUAAGGAGCUAGAAAGACGUCAAGAAGAGCUUUUGAAAAAUCAAGCCGAGGAAAAGAGAAAGCUGAUGGAAAGACUUGCGGCCAAGUCUGGUAAAUCUGUAUCUCCAGGUGUCAAUGCAGAAGGCGGUUCUCCUGCACCCGCACCUUCAUCUCAAACAGAAGCUUUGAAGAAACAACUUGCAGCUUUAGAGGCGGAAGCUCAAUCCUUAGGUUUACCAAGUCUGGAUAGCCCUCUUUCUGAUGAUACAUGGGGUGGGCGAGGUCGCGGACGUGGUGGCUAUAGAGGAAGAGGCACUUUUGCUCCACGUGGUUUUCGAGGUGGUUUCAGAGGGCGUGGCGGUGCUACUUUUGGUGGUGGUGCUCCAGCUCGCUACAAUCUUGACAAUCGAACGAAGAAGAUUGCCGUUAGUGGUGCCGACUUUACAAAUCCUCAGACGGACGAGAGCCUAAGAGAGCAUCUUUUGGGUAUUGGUGAAUAUACCGAACUCACAAAUACGCCAAAUGGUUGUCAGAUUACUUUCAAAGAUCGUCACACGGCUGAGAAAUUCAUGUAUGGUCUUCAGAACGGCGAGAUUCCAUCGGUAGGGAAGGUUGAAUUAUCAUGGAUUCAAACUCCUCUGCCGCCGGUCACAUUGCCGAAUACCCAGAACUCAAUCGGAGGUGGUAAUACAGAGUCAGAUUCCAAGAUGGAAGGUGGAAUGGAAGGUGAUGCCAUGGCACAAGAGUCUAAUUCAAUGGGUAUGAGUGGACAUGGUGGGGAGAGAGACAUGCAAGAAAACAUCGAUUAUGAUGUUGCUGGUGAUGAUGAUUGGCAAUAG